AUGGCGACGAGUGCUCACACUAACCCGGCCUACGACGGCGUAGAUAUCGAAACAAGCAAGUAUGAGGACACGUCGAUUGCAACAGACGGCAGUUGCGAUAAUCUGUCUUUCAAGUCGGCACCCGGAUGUGAGUUGUCGGUCGUGGCGACGACGCUCCUCGGUGUUGUUUGCGUCGCUCUCAUCGUCGCCAUAGGCCUCAUCGUCGGCCUCACCGCUCCCGCCUGCCCGCUGCCGCCGCCCGCGCCGACGUUCCCGCCGUGGACCGACACGCGGCUUCCUGAGAACCUCCUUCCGAUUCACUACGACGUGGAGCUUCAGCCAUUCCUGCCUCCAGCGGGAGACUUCGAAUUGAAGGGGUCCGUGAGGAUACGGUUUAGAGUGGCGAAGGCGACCAGCAUCAUCAUUCUCAGCUGUGAUCAGAUCAAACUGGAUAAGUCGAGCAUCGAGGUGAAAGCGCUGUCGGCAGACGUCGCCCAGCCGACGUACGUUGACGCCAAGGUCGACGCCGACAACAUGUACUGUUUCAUCAUAGUAGAGGGGGAGCUACAGGCGGACAAGGAGUACUCGGUGUUCAUGAAGUUCCAGGGAGUUAUUAACGAUGGCCUGCACGGAUUUUACAGGACCAAGUACUUGGGGGUAAAUGGAAGCGUCGAGUAA